AAAGUGUCUAUUGUAUCACAUUCCGUAGGUUGUGUGAUUACGUAUGAUAUCAUGACAGGAUGGAAUCCAGUCAGGCUCUAUGAACAGUUACUUGAGAAGGAAUAUGAUAUUCUGGAGCACUCUUGGAUGACCUAUGAGGAGCAGCAUUUGCUAGAAGAGUUUUACUUAACCAAGAAACAGUUGAGGGAGAUAGAAGAUAGAUUGCAUGGACUAAAGACAUCAACUGUAGCCGAAACACCUGCCUUAAAAUUCAAGGUGGACAAUUUCUUCUGUAUGGGAUCUCCAUUAGCAGUGUUUUUGGCCUUGCGUGGCAUCCGUCCAGGAAACAGUGGAACUCAAGAUCACAUUCUACCCAGAAAAAUUUGUAACCGGUUGCUAAACAUUUUUCAUCCAACAGAUCCAGUGGCCUAUAGACUAGAACCUUUAAUUCUGAAGCACUACAGUAAUAUUUCUCCUGUGCAGAUACAUUGGUAUAAUACCACAAAUCCACUACCUUACGAACACAUGAAGCCAAGUUUUCUCAACCUAACAAAAGAAUCUACCUCUGUUUCUGACCCUGAAUCUCUCACAACAUUACCCAGUCCAACAACAUCUCCUGUCAUGUCUCGGCGGCAUUAUGGGGAGUCCAUAACAAAUAUAGGCAAAGCAAGCAUAUUGGGGGCAGCUAGCAUUGGGAAAGGCCUCGGAGGGAUGCUGUUCUCAAGAUUUGGACGUUCCAAUCUGCCCACCUCACAAGUGCCUGAGCCAGGAAAAGAAGUAACAGAAGUAGAGGACAAGAAGCCAGUUUUGAGUCAAACAUCAGUCGGCACUCAGACUUUUCCACACAGCAGUUCUGGCUUCCUAGAUCCAACAAUUGAGCUGGACCACAGGAUCGACUUUGAGCUCAGGGAGGGCCUGGUGGAAAGCAGGUACUGGUCUGCCGUUACAUCGCAUACAGCUUACUGGUCAUCAAUGGACGUCGCUCUCUUCCUUCUUACUUUCAUGUACAAGCAGGACCAAGGGGAGGAUAACAUCAAACCCCACUUAGAUCCUGUUUGAUUAGGGAUAGGGCAGAAAUUAGGGAGGAGUGGGAAGGGGAGAAAGGAUGAAACAUGACAAUUGGCACAAAAACAGUCAGACAACAUCUGUUUUUAAGGCAUGGUGGUUUCAGUUUAAAUGCAUGUCUGAUUUCCUUCCUUCCAAGGUUAUUUGUCCUUCAAUGCACAUAUCCAUUUCUGUGCUAAUUGAGGCCUUCUUGAAAGAUCAUUCUCAGCUCCCACCCUUUCAGCUUUCAAACAAGCCAGCAGUAGUUGUUUUAGCAUCCAUGUAGAAUAACAUCUUUGCAGAUUAACAUAUCUGUUUAAGAGUAGCUGCUUUUUUUAAAUACAGAGGUUAAUCUGUUACAAUGGAAUUUGUUUUCAUUUAAGAGAAAUGCCUGCAGAUCUAAAAGAGCCAUGUUCUGUGUCCUUUGUAUGAGUUAAAUUAAGAAGCAAAUGGAUACCGUUGCCCUCGAUAAAAUUGAAACUCCAUCAUGUAAGUGGCAGAUACAAAGGGUAUAACACAACUCAUUCCAUGUGCUAAACUGGCAAGCACUCCUUUGGAAAUAUUGUAACAAUAAUUUAUUAUUACCUCUUACUAUUUGUUUUCUCCAAUGUAUUAAAAAUGUUAGUUUUCUACAGUUUUUUCCCUUUUGUUUUCUUUGAAGCAGAGGAACACUAAAAAAAACCACAUUUAUUUUCUACAGUGUUAAGACUUUAUUGCUCAGAUGACAUAUGUCAUACCUUUGUACUAUUUCAAUGGAGCUAUGGACACUGUGGCACACUUUUCAGUAUUUUUUUCAUUAAAAAUAAACUUUUGUGAUAUCACACAAGCA